CGAAAUUUUUUCGGGGAAAAAGAAUAUCCGAAUAUAGGGCUCGUAUUGAAAGAAACCAUUUUCGAGAUUUUGUAUUACCUUCCCAAUUCCAUUACAAUAAUCAAAUUCCGAUAUAAUCCAGUCGUUUUCGCAGCGUAUUUAUCCUCGCCAGAGCGUUGUUGGUUACAAGGAAGACCCAAAAUUAUAUAUACUGUAGUUUUGGUACUUACAUAUAAACACCCUGUUAUAUGCAAUCACAAAGAUCAUUGGCACAAUUUGAGGCGACCUUGCACCAAACUACUCAGCAGUGAGCACCAAAGUUGAGAUAUUUGUCUGAAAGUUACACAAUGAAGUUCCUAGAAUACACCCCGUUUGAAAGGUUGAAUGAUUUCUUGAGUCAUUUGAAUCUUGGAGAGCGUAUCAUCAAGGGAUCCCUAGAAGCUUAUUCUUGUAAACAUACAGGAAUAGAUAAGAAACUAUCUUUAAGCUUGGAGAACGAGAUUCUUGACUAUCUUGGGAACUCAUCUGAUGCUGACUCGUCUUCACCGGAUGAAUUUUUAUUGAGCAGAUCGAGUCGAAAGACACUGAUAUAUCUGGUUCUUACUCUCAAUCACGUGUACCCGGAUUAUGACUUCAGUGCAAUGAAAGCUCACCAGUUCUUCACAGAGGAGACCUGGGAUAGUUUUAAGCAGAUCUUUGACGCCUUUAUGUUGGAAGCAUCUAAGGAAUGGAUUGAGAAUAAUGAGGGUGGUUCCUUGCUAGAGAUGACAUAUAAGGCGCUUGAUGAGGUUGUAAAACUAGCAGAGUGUGAAAUUUACAGUUACAACCCAAAUUCUGAUGCGGAUCCCUCUAUAGAGAGAGGAGCAAUAUGGUCCUUCAAUUUCUUCUUCUAUAAUCGAAAGUUAAAGCGUGUUGUUAGCUUCCGCUUCUGGUGUUUAAGUAAUUUGGUAGCUGAGGGGUUCCAUUUGGACGGGAUAGGCUACGAGGAAGAUGGAGAUAUCUUCGACAACAUGGAUAUCUGAGACACAUUACUGUAAGCAUUUUGUGCAUAAAUGAAGACUUCUUUUAUGCUAAUUCUCGAUUCCGUAAACUGAAUCCAUAUGGUUUUGGUGUUGGGUCCAUGCUUUCACUUGAAGCGUUAUCAUAUGGUGGAAUGACUUUUAUUCUUGUAUAUAGGAAUAAAUUGUACAAUCUACCCCUUAGAUGUAUUAACCUUAGAGAACCUGUAGAAGAGAACUAUGAGCUGUGGUAGUAUAUUGUAUAAGCAAAAAUAUGAAUACAGUACGCGUUACUAUCAGAUCCAUGAUUCCUGUUGUUCCAUACUUGUUUUUUAUAUGAAAUUAAAGUACCUUAUUUGUUCUUCA